AUGGCGGACGAGGCUAAGGUGCCCACUGACGCGAUGUCAUCCGUGGCGAAGGCGGCGCCGGUGACGGCCGACCGGCCGGUCCGGGCAGACCUGGAGACGCUCGUUCCCAAGCCCUAUCUGGCACGAGCUCUGAUUGCGCCCGACGUGAACCAUCCGGAAGGAACCAAGGAGGGGCCGCACGAGCACCGGCAGAGGAGCGUGCUGCAGCAGCAUGUGGCCUUCUUCGACCUCGACGGCGACGGCGUCGUCUAUCCCUGGGAGACUUACGGAGGACUAAGGGCGUUGGGCUUCAACGUGGUCGCGUCCUUCAUCAUGGCAGUCGUCAUAAACGUUGGCCUAAGCUUUCCGACUCUGCCUGGCUGGAUACCAUCUCCCCUGUUCCCAGUCUACAUCAGCAACAUCCACAGGGCUAAGCAUGGCAGCGACACCUCAACGUACGACACGGAAGGAAGGUUCAUGCCGGUGAAUUUCGACAACAUAUUCAGCAAGAACGCGCGCACGGUGCCGGACAAGCUCACCUUCGGUGAGAUCUGGAGGAUGACCGAAGGCCAGCGGCUGGCGUUCGACUUACCUGGACGGAUGGCGAGUAAGCUGGAGUGGAUACUGUUGUACGUGCUCGCCAAAGGCGACGACGGGCUCCUUUCAAGGGAGGCAGUUCGUGGCUGCUUCGAUGGAAGCCUGUUCGAGUCCAUUGCCCAGAAAAGGAAGGAAGCAAACCAGAACAAGUAAAACUUGGGGAUGUGCGUACGUACUUUCUGUAUGCCUUAUAGAAAUAAAAAAAAGUAUAUUUUUGUUCCCUCGAGUUCCUCAAAAAUAUAAGCUUGGUCUUUUAAGAAUUUUUGGUAGACAUUUCAUCCUUCAUGUCUCAAAACCGGAUAAGUUUGGUCCAAAACCAAAUUUUGACCACGUUGACGGGUUUGACUGGGUUGACCAAAAACAUACUUUUCUCUAGAAAAAAUCUUGAGGGACCAAGUAUAUACUUUUGGUGAACUUAAGGGACCAAAAACAUACUUUUCGCUAGAAAUAAAUAAUCACA